AUGGCCCUUGAAACUCUUCCGCCUUCUCCAACAACCAACGGACACGCUCAGAUGAAAAAAAACGACGCUUCAGGCGGAUGGGUCAUCCAAAAAUUUGGCGGUACCAGCGUGGGCAAGUUCGCUGAGAAAAUUGCCGAAGAUAUCGUGCGGGCACAUCUCGGUGAGAAUAAAAUCGCAGUUGUGUGUUCGGCGAGAAGCACAGAUACAAAGGCGGAAGGAACCACAAAUCGACUUCUCCGAGCUGCAGAGGAAGCUUUAAAACCCGGCUCAAGACUAUACCUUGAUAUUGUCGAAGCGAUCCGGGAAAGCCAUGUUGACGCUGGUGCAGAGCUUAUAAAAUCCAAAGAAAUACUUGACCAGCUCAAGAGCGAUAUAGAGACAGAAUGUGGAAAGCUGAUCAACUUCCUCAGUGCCGCCCAGGUUCGUAAUAAGGCCUUUUACUGUGUAGAAUUAGUGACGCGCAAGGUAUUAAACAACUAUCGCCUCCAGAUCAUCGACGAAAUUAGCCCAAAGACAAAGGACAUUAUCAUCGGUGCCGGAGAAAAAUUGGCAUGCUUGCUCAUGACGGCUCUUCUCCGAGAUAGAGGAGUCGAUGCGGAAUAUAUCAAUUUAGAUAGCAUUAUUCCUAGCAGUUAUACAGUCAAAAAAGGCCUCGACCAAGAAUUCUACGACUACCUUCCCAAGAAAUUAGCAGAAAGGAUACAGCUAUGUGAGGAUAGAGUGCCAGUAGUUACAGGCUACUUUGGUACUGUUCCCGGCAGUCUCUUGACCUCGGUCGGCAGAGGGUACACAGAUCUCUGCAGCGCACUUCUGGCGGUUGGGCUCGAUGCCGAAGAACUUCAGGUGUGGAAGGAAGUUGAUGGGAUUUUCACUGCGGACCCUAGGAAGGUUCCAACAGCACGCCUGAUACCAGUGAUUACCCCUGAAGAGGCUGCGGAGUUAACAUAUUACGGCUCAGAGGUUAUACACCCAUUCACCAUGGAGCAAGUAAUCCGCGCGCGGAUUCCAAUCCGUAUCAAAAAUGUCGAAAAUCCCGCAGGUGAAGGCACUAUCAUCUUUCCUGAUACUAUCCAUCGCAAAGGCGAGGAUACACCCACCGAGCCCCCAAGGCACAUGCGCCUUAAAGCACAUGAUCCACUUCUUGUUCAGCGACACAAACGCCCAACUGCAGUCACUACCAAGAAUAAUAUCGUAGUUCUCAAUGUCCAUUCAAAUCGAAAAUCCCUUGCACAUGGUUUCCUUGCGGAGAUUUUUUCUACACUCGACAAAUGGCGGUUAGCGGUUGACCUUAUCUCCACAAGUGAGGUACAUGUGUCUAUGGCACUACAUUCGGAGGUUAGGGAGAACGAUUUGAAAGAAGCAAUUGAGGAGUUAAAACACUAUGGAACAGUCGAUGUCAUUCGCGAUUUGACUAUUCUCUCCUUGGUAGGGAAACACAUGAAGCAGAUGGUUGGUAUUGCUGGGAGGAUGUUCAGCACUUUGGCUGAGAGUAAUGUGAAUAUUGAGAUGAUCUCACAAGGUGCGAGCGAAAUCAACAUCUCAUGUGUUAUCAAACAGGCAGAUGCCAUACGUGCCAUGAACGUGCUGCACACAAAGUUAUUUACAUACCAAGAUCUCUAA